CUGUCCUCCUCUAGCGGCUGUCAACAUCGCAUCCCGUGAUGCAUUUUUGUGCAACAAUAUGACGGAACCAAGCGCUUCGCCUGAAGAUCCUUGGAGCAAAACUGAUGGCACCUUCAGUGACAGCGGCUUCGAGCAUAGCUUCCUGGCAGACUGCGCACGCAAAGGCACAGCGGUCUCCAGGGCCAACAGCAUCGGCUCCACCAGCGCGUCUUCAGUGCCCAACACAGAUGAUGAAGACAGUGACUACAGACACGAGACGUCCUACAAGGACUCGUACAAAGUGCGGAGGAGACAAGCGCAUACACAGGCUGAACAGAAACGGAGGGAUGCCAUAAGGAAAGGGUAUGAUGACCUGCAGUCCAUAGUGCCCACCUGCCAGCAGCAGUCUGAGUUCGCCAUGGCAACGCAGAAGAUCAGCAAAGUCACUGUGCUGCAGAAGACCAUAGACUACAUUCAGUUCCUGCAUAAAGAAAAGAAGAAGCAGGAGGAUGAAGUGUCCACACUGAGGAAGGAAGUGAUGGCCCUGAAGAUUAUGAAAACGAACUAUGAGCACAUAGUGAAGGCCCACCAUGACAACCCGCAGCAGGGCAACGAGCAGGUGUCGGACCAGGUGAAGUUCGGCGUGUUCCAGAGCAUCAUGGACUCGCUGUUCCAGAGCUUCAGCGCCUCCGUGUCCUUCAGCAGCUUCGAGGAGCUGUCAGCCUGCGUCUUCAGGUGGAUCGAGGAGCGCUGCAAGCCUCAGACACUGAGGGAGUUCGUGGUGGAGAUCCUGAGGCGGCUCAACGCUCAGAUGUACUGAUGGCUACAGGUGGACUCCGAACCGGUCCCCCCCCUGCCUGUCAUUCAUGCAAACGCGACACUCAGCCGGGAAUAUACACUCCCUUCUUACACGCACGCACAUCCUGACACCCCUGUACUGGCUGUAUUACAUAGCUGUGGUGGUAAUGGUGGCUGGCUGGUGCUGUAUUCUUGCCCCACUUUCUCCACCGGUUCAGAGGCCGUCUCUGCUUUCUGGCGAAAACGUUUUAAGUGACUUCACCUAAAGAUUUUAAGGUUUGUGAGUUUUUAAGCCGUCCUCAGGGGGGUAUUCCAAGUACGUGGUUUAGUGACAAACCUGGGUGAGUUCACUCAGGGUAAGUGCUAAACCUCCUUAAAGAGGAGCACUAUGGUCUUGUUUUGCUUGGAGAAUGAAGCCACAGGGCUCUUCUACUGUGUGUACCACUUGCUCUGAGUUAACUUACUCAGGCUUGUCACUAAACACCGAACUUGGAAUGACCCCCUGAAACACAAAGCUGGUUGUGGCUUUCAUUGUUGAGCCUGGUCUCCAGGAGACAGCCUCAUUCUUUCACUAUGCUCUUAGCACCCCCUUGUGGUUGGUUUGGGGGUGGUCAUGUGAAGUGUUUGUGUCGUCACACAAAGCAGCUCAGUGUUGACUGCUGUUCAGUGUUGUGUUUGAUGCUGCUGCCUAUUCCUCUUUUGUUUGCUGUGCGCGUAUGAUUUGUGCGAUGGUUAUUAAUGCAGUGACAGAAAUGUCGACCAUCAUGUCCAACGUAAUCAAACAACCAUACGUGUUUGCUGUUUUAAAUCUUUCUUUUUUUUCUACUGAAUGUCAAGAGAUGGUGGAAACAUUUGUUUUGGAGUGAGGUAAUUUGCAGUUUCCCUUUCCAUAUAAAAGUGAAUUGUAAAUGAAAAAUGUCAGAUUAUCAUGCGGUGAGUUUUUGCUGUGUUCUAAGUGGAUCGAUUACUUGUUACUCACACAUUUAAGCACAAAGACACUCAAUAAUAGAAAGUCAUAUCAUGUAAUUUUAUGCUGACUUUUAAUUCAACCAAAAAUAAAUAUAUGAUUGUAAAGAAUGUUGCAGCACAAUCCAAAAACAGCAGAACUUGAAGGGUGAUUUUUUUUUUAAGCGAUGUAAUCAGGAUUUUUUUUUUUUUAAACACAAUGGCCAACACCUUAAAGGGAAAUAAUUAUAUAGAUACUAAUUAAUAUUGUGUGAGUUCAAACCUUAUGUGCUGGAAAUAAACUCUUGUAGUUGUAUGCUGCUGUUGACAAGAGAGCAAUUUAAAUAUUUUUGUAUGAAUACCGUUUGUAAUUGGAAAUAAACAUUAUUCACCGUU